AUGUGUCUACUCAAAUCAAUUCUGGCGGACACUGCGCAGGAAAAACUUUACGCACAAACAGUCAUUUAUUUAUUUCUUGUGUUUUUAUUACUUUUUUUUUUCUUGUUCUCAUUUUAUUUCAUUUCGUUUACUUCCGCUUUCUUCUUCGUUCCCUCUUCUUUCUUAUUUUUCGUUCAUUUUUUCCUUUGCUUCUAUUAUUUUCCUUAUUUUUUUCUUUUUCGUUUCUUUUUUCACUUCUACAUUUUUGACUCUUUCUUUUUUCUUCUCUUAUUACUUGUUUUCAGUUCGCCUUUAUUCUUCAUCCUUUUUCCUUUGUUCGAAUUUUAUCUUUUUUUAGUAGCCUUCUUUCUUUUUUUUUUUCCUUCUCACUUCCAUUCUUCAUCAAUAGAUUUUUUUCUUUAUUCUUUUUUUAUCAAUCAUUUUCUUUCUUUCUUCGUCAUUGACUUUCCGUCUUGCUUCAUUUUGUUUUUUUAUCAAUCAAUGAUUUUUUUCUCUUUCACCUCCCUUUUUCUUCCUUUCAGAUUGAAUUUUCACAUCCCUCCUUUUUCUCCCUUUUUCGUUUUAAUUUCUAUAUGGCACCAUAUCUUCGUCACAUGUUUUCCUAUUAUUCUGCGCUAUUUUUUUUUGAUCGCUUCUGCCUCGCUAUCUGGCACCGCCAGUUCUUCUGCGUUUGUCUGCACCGUAACUUUCGAUUUUCAACUCUUUUUUCAUUAUUUCUAUUUUGUGCAUUUUCUUUCUUUCUCUUUAUAUUUAUCUUCCUUGUUUCUUUUUGUACGUUUUUCUUUUUCUUUUUUUCCUUGUUUCUUCUUAUACAUUUUUCCGUGUUUCUUUUUGUACUUUUUUCUUGUUACUUUUAGUAAUUUUCUUUAUUUCUUUUUGUACUUUUCUUUAUUUCUUUUUGUACGUUUCUUUGUUUUUUUGUGCAUUUUUCUUUGUUUCUUUUGGUAA